CCCAGCUUAACUUUCAAUGACUUAUUGACUUAAUGUCAUUGCUAUUGGCACAAUUCUACUUAUAAAGUCACCUAGCCGUCUGCUUACUCACACACCUUCUUCACCUACACUACCCCGAGUAGACACCUAAGAAAAAGUUGGAUUAGCUUCGAAAUUCAAGUAACACUGCGGUAAUCUUGGUAUCAAAAAUGGCGACGGACUCGUUAAGGGCUUUAAUUGUCAACAUACCCGAUUGGCUCAAACGCCUUGAGGAGCUUAAUGGACAAAUCGACCAACGCCAGCAGGAUCUGGCUAUGCUACCCGAGAACCGACCCGGCUCUUCUGCACAGUCCAUGAGGAAUCGGGGUUCAACCGAAUCCCUGAAGCCGCGUGACGAAGGUGCCCUAACUCAGCAACCCGACACAACAGAAGUGACACCGCCUCCGCCGACGGGAAGCAGUGCUUGGCCGAAAGAUGGCACCGACGCUCCCAUAACCCCCGUACACGAACUAAAGAAGAAGACUUCGAGAACAUCGUUUCAACAAACGCGUGAGGUUAUGGCAACUGCACAACGACGAGCACGAGCGACGGUCCGCAAGCGGCAGAAGACAGAUUCCAUGCUUAGCCAUGAGAAUAGCGUGCAGAAGUACAGGUCGCGGAACAUGAUCAUUGUCUACUAUGAUAGCUACGUGCAAUCAUUCUUCGAAGAGUUGGUCAAAUUUGUAUCGAUACAGCGGAACUCAAUGCGUAAGGCUAAGAUGGCCGCUAAGGUGGCUCGUAUUAGACGGUUGGCUGAAAUUGAGAUGCCAGACGAGGAGGAUGAAGAUGAGGGUCACGAGCUGAAGCCUAGGGACACGCUCGUUGCAGCUACAACCAAGGCCAUCGCUUCGAAUUACAAUGAUGAUCCAGAUGAGCCCAAGUUGCAUUUUAUGAGUACCCAAACUAUGGGCUCCCGAAACAUGAUGGCCAACAGGAGAAGUGCGAGGGUAACAAGAAGCGGUCUCACUGGCGGAUUGGGAUCCUUCCAAGACAAAGGUGAUAUCUGGGAAGAGUUGGAUAAAGGCCUCGAAUUUGUCCAAGGUAUGUGUGAGCACGGAGCGCAUCAAUUCCUACGGGAUGGAGACUGCAGCGAGGAAGUGGCCAAGAUUAAGGCUCGCCUUGCUCAGACCAAAGACACCGCCGACAGGGAAUUGGCCCGUAUAGAGGCCGGUGUCCCUGAUGAUAUGGACGCGACCGCGCCUAUGAAAUCACGCAGCUUCCGACCGAUGACAAUGCGGAGGACCACGCCGAGUGCCAAGGCUGCUGCUAAGCAAAAUGUUGUGGAAGUGGAAGAUGAAGGUAUUCAAGAUAUGGACAAUUUCCAACCGGCCUCGAAGCCGGCAAAGCAGGAGGAUAGAGUUACGUCCUAGAGUGACGAGGCCUCUGUUUUAUACCAUGCGUCUCACGCAUUCAACAAAUCUACACGUACUUUACGUACCAUUACCAGCCGACGGCAUUUUUUGCGCAUAUAUACAUAUCACAUUACCCAUACAAAUUUUUAUUUUACUCGCAUACAACAUC